AUGCUGUCCAAAACCAAGAAAAAGUCAUCAACGCCGGCUCCAGAAGGCAAAAAGAUUAAAAUCCCAAAGCUGUUUAUCGUCAGACCUUCCCAGAAGCAGUCGACCAUAUUCCUCGAUCCUGAUGUUGUUGAGGCCAUGGAACUUCAGAAUGGGAAGUUUGUAAUGGUUUCUAAGGAUGGAGGAGCAGGUGUCUUGGCCAUUUUGUCGACGACACAAGAGGUGGAUGAAUCCAAUGUCGCAUUACUCCCGAAAUCGAUUCGUCAGUUGGGUGGACUUCUACUUGGAGACAGAGUUACGGUUGCAAAAUAUGAUAGACAGCCUCCAUACGCUAUCAACGUUGAUGUUCGUGUUGAAUGCGAAGGAGAACCAAAGGGUGUAAAGAAGGCAUUGUCGGACGCUGGUCUCAUACAGCCAGGGUUGGUGCUUGUUCAUAAUGAGCAAAAAAUUACCAUUGUGGACGUGAGACAGAAAGACGAUAAGGAUACAGUUGACGCAGUAUCUGCUCUGCUCUCCAAUCUCUCAUUUUCAGAUAACGCUGAGUCCUCGUUGGUCUCUCCUGUUUACCUUUACAAUACGGCCACCAAUGUUAACUACGUUGACUAUGGUGUCAGCACCAAGAAGUACCCUAAAUUACCUCGUCCAUUGGCAUUCGAACAGGUCGGGGGCCUUGAAAAGCCUAUUGCUUUGCUCAGCUCUACAGUGCAACUUCCGCUUCAUCAUCCUGCUUUGUUUCUGGACUUUGGCAUCUCUCCUCCUCGUGGUAUCCUUCUCCACGGACCUCCUGGAACUGGUAAGACCAUGCUUUUACGAUGCGUUGCUCACGAGUAUGAUGCACACGUGUUGAUGGUUAAUGGUCCCCUGAUUGUUUCAAAGUACUUGGGUGAAACAGAAAAUGCACUCCGUGACAUGUUCGCUGAAGCCACCAAAUAUCAGCCUUCCAUUAUUUUUAUGGAUGAGAUCGAUUCGCUUGCUCCUAGACGUGAUCUGGAUGAUGCCGGAGAGACCGAGUCUCGUGUGGUCGCUACAUUGUUGACGAUGUUAGAUGGGAUGGGUGAUUCAGGAAGAGUGGUUGUUGUGGGGGCCACUAAUAGACCUAACUCAAUUGAUCCGGCCCUCAGACGUCCAGGUCGUUUUGAUCAAGAAGUUGAGGUGGGCAUUCCCGAUGUAGAUGCCCGUGCAGAUAUCUUGACGAAGCAAUUAGCUAGAAUGAACAGGGAAAAAUGUGCAUUGCUGGAGGAGCAGGUAAAGUUAAUCGCAGGAAAGACACAUGGCUACGUUGGAGCAGACUUGGCAGCCUUGUGCAGAGAAGGUGUCAUGAAGGCUAUUGCUAGAGGUCUCACUGGAGUGCCCCACGCCAAUAGGGUUGGAGGUUUUGGAGUGGGAAGUAUUGCUGCCCUUGGAAAUUUCGAAAAGAUGGACCCUGCUACUAAAGUCGAGGUAGGUGAUCUCGAGGCUGCGCUCGCCGAUGUUCGUCCAUCCGCGAUGCGAGAAAUCUUCUUGGAAAUGCCAAAGGUAUCCUGGGAUGAUAUUGCGGGCCAAGAGGACUUGAAGAAGAAAUUGGUGGAGGUUGUUCAGUUACCUCUCGAGGCGUCUGCGACAUUUGCUCUGCUUGGAGUUUCGGCUCCGAAGGGAGUUUUGCUCUAUGGUCCUCCUGGUUGUUCGAAGACAUUGACUGCCAAAGCACUUGCAUCUGAAUCUGGCCUCAAUUUCCUUGCUGUGAAAGGUCCAGAAAUCUUCAACAAAUAUGUGGGAGAAAGUGAGCGGACAAUUAGAGAGAUAUUUCGCAAAGCCAAGGCAGCCUCUCCCUCGAUUAUUUUCUUUGAUGAGAUUGAUGCUUUGGCUGCCAGCAGAGAGGAUUCUCUGACACUGGCUGCCCAGAACGUUCUAACAUCUUUGCUUAAUGAAAUCGAUGGUGUUGAGGAGCUCAAUGGAGUAGUGAUUGUGGCAGCCACCAACCGUCCUACUGAAAUCGACGCCGCCCUUUUACGUCCUGGUCGUCUUGAUAGGCACAUUUAUGUUUCACCUCCAGACAGGGAUGCUCGUCUACAUAUCAUCUCUCGCAGGUGCUCGAAGUUUAAUGUUCCCGACCUGGAGCCACUUUUUGCCAGCCUAGCAGACGCAACUGAGGGCUGCUCAGGUGCAGAGGUUUCUUUGUUGUGUCAGGAAGCAGGUUUGGCUGCCAUUAUGGAGGAUAGAAAUGCUACCACCGUCGAAGCCCGUCACUUUCAACAUGCGCUCGAGGGUAUCUCUAGAGGUAUCACCGAGGAAAUGUUGGAGUACUACCGCGAAUUCUCCAGCCGUAGUGGACUUUCCAUUUAG